AUGUAUCUUGCUGGCACCCUUUCGCGUGCUGCACUUCCAGAUCCAGUUCGAACUGAAGUCACUGGGUUUGAAGUAUUCAGAAUUGAGCUUUCGCAUCAAGUUAAUGAGCGCAAUGCAAGUCUUACCAAGACUAAUGAAGGAAAACUGCAAGUCGAAAUCAAAAGAGAUCACAUUCUGUCUCAGUUUUAUGGCAUGAUUAUCAAGGGUUGGCCCGAUGAGAAACAGAAAGUUACAACAGUAUUGGAAUUAUAGAGAUGAACUGACCAUACAAAAUGACCAUACAAAAUGAGAUAAUUUAAAAAUGUCAUCAGACUCUCAUCCCAGAAUCUAUGCAGGCAGAUAUGCUCAGUAAAAUCCAUGUCAAUCGUCUUGGUGCGGAAUUCAACAUACGAAUGGCAAGAGAAGUCUUGUUCUGGCCAGGUUCUGUCCUGAGAAAAGCCAUUCAGAAUAUGUGUACUACCUGUGGGAUUUGUGUUCAAUACGGCCAGACGUUGACCAAAGAGCCUAUGAAGUCGAUACCAUUACCUUCACUUCCCUGGGAAAUAACUAGCCAAGAAUUAUUUACGCUCGAGCAACGAAGUUAUCUGGUCACCGUGUGUCACUGCUCAGACUGGGUAGAAGUAGAUGAACUAAUGGAUACCCUCUCAACAACCAUUAUUAACAAGACCGAGGUGAAUUUUGCAAUGUUUGGCUUUCCACGUGUAUAUCAUACAGACAAUGGACCACAAUUUAUUGGCAAAGCAUACAAAGAAUUUGCCGAAGAGUAUGAUUACAACCACACAUCAUAUUCACCAUACCAUACACAAGGAAAUGGCAGAGCAGAGGCAGCGGUGAAGCUUGUUAAGAACAUGAUCAAGAAAUCGGACGAUUUUCAAGCUGCCCUAUUAAACUAUAGAAACACAUCUCAGAGAGGUCACUCUUAUUCCCCAGCUCAACGGAUGUUGUGUCGUCAUACCCGAACAAAAUUGCCAACAUCAACCAAAGUUCUUGUUCCGAGAAUGAUAAACAGAACAACAACACAAGAGGAGUUAGAGCAUUAA